AUGUCCCGCAACCCUUUCGAUGAUUAUGUCAGCACCAGCGCCACUUCUACUCGUAAGUUAUUUUUUAAUCGAUAUUCAAAAUUUUGGUAUUCUAAAAUAUCUUCUGGGACGUUCAAAGAAGUAUAGGAAAAACAUAAAAUGAUCUUGAAGAGUAGAGCUUUUUUUAGACUUUCGAAAAGUCUUCUGCGCCUUUGAACACUUGAGAACUUAAUUUUUUAAGCUUCUGGGGUUUGAAGUAACGCCAUAAGAUUGAUUUGCGUUUUUGAAAACCUUCGAAAGCUUUUUGAAUGUACUAUAACUAAUAAUAUAAUUUUGAAGAGCCGAUUCGUAGUUAUACCACAAUGGGAAAUGGAUCGAUUGAGGAUGAAGCCGAUUAUUAUGAACGAGAGAUCGAAAAGUAUUUGCAGGUGCGUUUUCUGUGUAGAUUGGAUCCCUGAGGGACUUCUUUAAACUCAAAAGAUUGAAUAUUUUCCUUUGCUUCUGAAAAUAAUUUCAUUUGAUUAUAGUUAUAGCUUAUGCUGCGCCAGUUAGUCACGAUUUUCAUUUCUCUUUAAGCUACAGUCUUGUCCUUUAAGACUUUGGAAUCAAACAUCUGAAUGUCAUGUUGAAAAUGCAUCAUUUUGUUAAAUGAGUCUGAAGAAAUUGAUGGAAAGUUUUAACUGUUCAGGACUCCCUCGACAGUACGGAGCGAUCUAGGCGCCAUUUGGACAAUUCGGAGAAGAUCGGCGUGGCCACGGCUCAAGUGAAUAUUAUAACAACCUUUUUAUGCUAUCUUCAUGACAGUAAUAAAUGAAUUUAUUUUCAGGAACUUCUCGAACAACGUGAAAAGCUUGAGAGGACCGAGAAGAACUUGGAUGAGAUCCACAGAACUACUCAGGUUUUUGAAACUUUUAUGAAUUUGAAUAAAUGAAAUUUUUUCAGAUAACUCAACGCAAUUUGAACAGCCUGAAGUCAGUGUUCGGCGGAUUUUUUAAGAACAAAUUUAGUCGGAAACCCGAGGAGGCCAAGGAUGUUUCGGUGCGUGGAAAAUUAAGAAAAAUUAGUGGAUAGUUGACAUAUUUAUUUUCAGGCAGUUCCCCAGUCGAAGUCGGCGAACCGUUUGUCGGAGACGGCGGCGGCGUUGAGCAGCGGCGGUGGCAGCUCGGCCUCCUUCUCGGGACCUUCGACCGGAGGCCCAACUUUGAAUGAAUCGAGCCGCGCCGCCAUCCGAGGAACCCGUUGGGAGGCCAUGGAUAAUCAGAUCGACGAGAAUCUUGGUUAGUUACAGGAGAUGCAGAGGUAGCCUUGGAUUUGAAGCAAGAAGUAGAGGAGAAUAAUCGGAAUGCAGCAAAAUCGCAGCUCUCAAAAUAUUGUCUUGAAUUUCAAGCUUCUAUCAGACAGUCCCAAACUUGCAGCUCUCAAAAUAUUGUCCUGAAUUUAUAGCUUCUAUCUGGCAGUCCCAAAAAAAAAUCUCAAGCUCUUGCUUUCAGACGCCAUGUCGUCGAACUUGCGAAACCUGCAGCGUCUCGGGCUGGACCUCGGCAAGGAAGUUGAUGCUCAAAACGAGAUGCUCGACAGAAUCGAGGUGAAGGCUCGUCGCAACGACGACGUCGUCCGCAGUCAGGAUAAGCAGGUUUGAAUUGAGAAAGUGGUGUGCGAAAAGUAAUAGCUGAGGAAUGAAGUGAAUUAUUUUGUAGACGUUUUAGGCAAUCAUAUAUAGUUUUAUUUGAAGCCAAAAAAGGAUAUUUUCACAUUUUUUCCAUUUUUCAGAUGCAAAAACUACUGGGAACCAACGCCAACGCUGGAGAAACAACUGUCGAGUCACUCACGCCAAGGUAGUUUAAGGGUUGGAGUUGAUUAAUCGGAAGUGUCAGAAGAAUGGAUUUUUUCAUGUUCUGGUGGUCGAAAUAUCCAUCUUGGAAUCAUUUUAUUGCGAUUCCAAAGUAUCACUAGAAAUUUAGAAGCUCCAAAUUUUCGGAAAUUGAUGCAGGAAAAAGCGAAUAAUUCAAUAAAUAUCAUGGGUUUUUUUCGUAUUAUUGAUUUGUGAAUACAAAACCUGUUGAAACAACGAGAAAGCUCUCAAAAAUCAAGAGAAAACAUGUUUUUUCAGCAUGGACACUUCUACCAAGAUGUCGUUGUUCAUGAAGGCAUCGUCGUUCUUGAAAUAA